AUUGAACGGCAUUCUGCACAUUACCGCCAUCAACAGGACUGUUAAAACGGCUGCGAACCUGCGAACCAGUUGCGAACACAAUAAAAAAUGGGUUUGACAGACUGAAAUGCCGAUGCAGGAAAACUCGAUGCCCAUGCGGAAGUGAGUCUAUGAUCAUAUGGAUAAGCGAAGUGGAGAAAAUAACGAAAUUAAAAAUGUAAAAGCAUUACUGUGGUGCCCAGCUGGAAUCAUCAUGUCCUCCGCUGGUCCGUCUCUUCCGUCUGCUCGCCGCUCUGUGGCUGGAGACGAGACCGGGGCAGCGAGUGAGCGUGGGAUUUACUCCUCAGACAGACAUGCUGGUCUCCUGCUAGCCCAGAUGAACAAGAUGCGUCUGCUUUCCGACUUCUGCGACGUGCGACUGGUGGUGGGCGGACGGGUGUUCGGGGUCCACAAGCUGGUGCUGGCUGCCAGCGGCCCGUACUUCACUGCUCUGUUCUCUGGAGGCAUGAGCGAAGCCCGCGAGGAGGAGGUUCGCAUUGCUGGAGUGGAGGCUGACGUCUUUGAAAUUCUCCUGGGAUUUAUUUACACUGGCUCUAUUGACGUGACGGUGGACACGGUGCAGGAGCUGAUGGUGGCGGCAGACAUGCUGCAGUUGAGUGAGGUGGUGGACAUCUGCGGAGAAUUCCUCCGGGCUCACAUGGACCCGUCCAACUGUGUGGGGAUCUAUCGCUUUCUGGAGCAGAUCGCCUGCACGGAGCUGUUGAAGUUUACUGAGGACUACAUCCACUGCCACUUUCUAGAGGUUCGCUCCUCAGAAGAGUUCUCCAGCUUGUCUAAAGAUCAGCUGGUGAAGUUGCUCCGCAGUGAGGAGCUGAGGAUUGAAGACGAGUAUCAAGUGUUCACGGCGGGGAUGGACUGGCUGCACCACAACGUGCCCCACCGCAAGAAGCACGUGGUGGAGGUUCUGGAGCCUGUGCGCUUCGCUCUGCUGUCUCCUCAGAGACUCUACAAGUACAUCGAGGGUAUUUCUGACUUCAGCUUGCGGGUUGCAUUGCAAACCCUUCUGAGAGAGUACACUGAAGUCAACAAGUCCCCUAAAGAGAGCAAACAUUUCAGCCUUCUGCAAACGACCAAGACCCGGCCCAGGAGAAAAGCCCGCAAGUACCUCUAUGCCAUUGGUGGUUACACGCGCCUGCAGGGCGGCCGAUGGAGUGACAGUCGGGCUUUGAGUUGUGUUGAACGCUUCGAUUCGUUCAGCCAGUACUGGACCACCGUGUCUUCCCUGCAUCAGGCCCGCAGUGGACUCGGGGUGGCGGUACUGGAAGGCAUGAUAUAUGUAGUUGGGGCCAUCUUGUAUUGCACAGGAGAAAAAGACUCGAUGAUCUUCGACUGCACGGAGCGGUACGACCCAGUGACCAAGCAGUGGGCGGCAGUGGCGUCUCUGACCUAUCCACGCUGUGGGGUUGGAGUCUGUUCCUGUCAUGGAGCGCUUUAUGCACUCGGAGGCUGGAUUGGCUCGGAAAUUGGGAAGACCAUGGAACGAUAUGACCCAGAAGAAAACAAAUGGGAGAUUAUUGGGAGCUUGGCUGUUCCUCGAUAUUACUUUGGCUGCUGUGAGCUGCAAGGCUUCAUCUAUGUGAUUGGUGGCAUCAGUGAUGAGGGAACGGAGCUACGCUCGGCUGAGGUGUACGACCCAAUCUCUCGCCGCUGGAGCGCCCUGCCUGUCAUGGUGACCCGACGGGCGUACGUGGGCGUAGCCAGUCUCAAUAACUGCAUCUACGCUGUCGGAGGCUGGAACGAGGCCCUGGGGUCACUGGACACUGUGGAAAAGUAUUGCCUUGAGGAGGAGAAAUGGGUGGAGGUGGCGCCGAUGGCCGUCCCGCGCGCUGGGGUCACAGUGGCGGCUGUUAAUGGUUUGUUAUAUGCGGUGGGUGGUCGGACCACUAGCCGGGACUUUUCAGCACCGGUUACUGUAGACUCGGUGGAAAUCUACGACCCGCACCUGGACACAUGGACCGAGAUCGGUAACAUGAUCACCAGCCGAUGUGAUGGAGGUGUAGCCGUGCUCUGAUGUUCACAACCAGCAAUAUCACCCCACUCCACUCUUCUAACCGAUUUUACAGUUUAAUUUAUUACACUUUUUAAACGAGUUAAUGAGGACACCUGGUAUAGAUCUAGUAUAUAAACCUGUGAACUUGAGAAGACAUGUUUGGGAGUGAAGCAUAAAGGUGUAUCUUUUUUUAUUUUUUUGUAUGGAAGCUUGUUUUCGCCACAGAAUAAUACAUUUUAAGAGAUAAUUGCAACUUUUUAUCUCACUUUGUUUCUCAAAAUUGCGAGAUAUAAACUCAAUUGUAUAUUAUAAAAUCAGAAUUGCGAUAAUGAAUUUUUCUCGCAAUUAUGUGUUAGAAUUUCUCACAGUUGAGACUUCAGUUGACAUCUUUUCUCAGAAUUGUGAGAUAUAAACUCCCAGUUGUGAGUUUUAAAGUGCAACUCUAAGAAAAAUAAUACUUUAUAGAGUUUAUAUCUCACAUUUCUGACUCUAAAGCACACAAUUGCGACUUUAUAUCUCCCAAUUGCGUUCUCAAUUGUGAGAAAACAAUUCAGAAUUUUGAAAAAUAUCAAAAAUCACACAGUUGCGACUUUAAAUCAUGCAAUCCUGAGAAGUCAGAAUUGUGGGGUGUAAACUUGCAAUUGUAAGGAAAAAAGUCUGAAUUGUCAGAUAAAAAGUCACAUUUAGCUUUAUUUUUCAUUCUGUGGUGGAAACAAGCUUCCAUAGUUUGGAGAUCAUGAGUAUUCAGCAAAAGGUCACCCAGUUCACCCACGCCGUUCGUGGUCCAUUGCGUAAAGUUGUUUGUGGUGUUAUCAUCUCAUUGUUGUUGUGCAUUUUAGCCAGCAACUUGCUUUUGUUUAGUUUCACAUUUGCCUCAUUUCAGAAUGUCUUAUUUGUUACAUUUUGCACUUUUGUAUUGUACCUUUGUUUCUCACGAUUGUAAGCUUGUGGAAACCUGAUUGAUUGCUGUUUAAAAAUAUUUUAAUACAUUUAAGCACUAGAAUUUGUUCAGCUGAGAGCUUUAAUAUUUCAUUAAAAGAUCCUGGAAUAAAACUAAAUAGUUUUCCACUUCUGUAAGACUGUCAUAUCUGACUCAGUGUCCAUCACAGUAUUCACAAAAGAUGUUAAUGAAUUAUGAUUCUACAGACACAGACCUACUGUAAUAUCAGAUCAAAAUGAGUAACUUGAAGUACAACUAUAAGCAAAGUGUAAAUUGGAUUUUAAUUGUUAUUUUAUGAUCUGUUUGUAUUUUUGUCGUUGCAAAUAUGAUCUCACAAUGUACAUUUCUAUUGACAACUAGUCAGUCAUGUAUUUCACUGUAAUAGUGUAGUUUUAUUACACCUGCAGGGUACAUGUACAAAGAGUUAGAAUAAAAUAGAAAACAAUGACAUUAAAUAUAGUUAUACAUUAAAUGCAUUUUCAGAUUUCAUUCACACCACAAAUGUUUGACAGGUCUCUUUCAACAAAAUAUUUACGAUGCACCACGGAAUAAAAUAAACU